CAUCGAUGGAACUCGUGUCUGCUUGUCGUGCAUGUUUACAAAUUGUUGAUGGCUGUGAAAUAAUUAAAUGAUAUGGAGACGGUGAAUGCCACAUACUCGUACAUUACCAAUUUGGAGGUAAUGCAAAUUCUACAACAGAUAAAAGGUACCAAAAAGAAAUGGGGUAUGCACAAUCUAGCAACCGUCACGUACGAGGCUCUACAGUACCUGGAAGAAUCGCCUUGUAAAACACAAACGCGUGAAUCAAUCAACAGUUACCUGUGCGACUUGGCCACUUAUAGGCUGAAGCCCCACGAGCUGCUGCAAAUGGUUAAUGAUCCGCCAACCAGUGCCCUGCAUACACAGCUGCUUAUUGACGACAAUAAGGUCCCGCUCACCGAUGAGGAAAACGAGGCCAUAAUUGAGCUAACGCAUAAGCACUUCUCCAAUUCUACCACUGAACCGGUGCAAACCAACCAACAAGCACAAGGAUAACAAUUGGAG